UACAGGUAAUCAGAUUUAUUUCACAAUCUAUCAGCACACACAUAUCCAUUUUUAACAAUGAAGUUCAUGAUUGUUCUUGCUUGUCUGUUGGCCUUGGCUUUCGCCAAUGAGGAGGCUGAUGUCCUGAAGAGCGACUCCGAGGUAAACGUUGAGGACUUUAAGUACGAAUAUGAGCUGUCCAACCAUAUUCGCGCCGUCCAAUCUGGAGCUCUGAAGGAGCACGACAACUGGGUGGUUUCUGGGGAGUACGAGUACGUGGCCCCCAAUGGCAAGACCGUCAAGGUCGUUUAUACUGCUGAUGAGACCGGCUACCACCCUAAGGUAGUCGAGGCUUAAUCUAAAAGACGUAUUUCUUUGCCCGAAAAAAUAA